CUGGGCGACGUGGACGGCACGUCAAAGCUGUUAGUUGUGAAUGGUGGCUAACGUGUCAUGCUAACGUCUUUGGACGUCUUUGGGCUCUUUGAUAUAACGUAUUUUGACACGUCGACCUCCAAGAAGGAUAUUUAAGGAUAUAUAACAAAGACCGAAAUAAUCGCCAUAUUUGUAGGGUUUACAGUGUGAUGAGUAUCUGAGGAAGUGUGUGUGUGUGUGUGUGUGUGUGUGUGAGACAGAGUGAGUGCUUGGGGCGAUGGGUGCCAACACCAGCCAGGUGAGCGACCUGGCGGAGAGUCCGAGCAUCCGCACUCUGAUUGGUCCAGAACCCAUUACGGAGAACGAGCCCUUCUGGAACCAGCUCAUCUCAUUCACCUUCACCAGCCCAUCCUGCAGUGCUGAUGCUAAGCUCUUGGAGGAGGCCGUCAUCCCCCUCGCUAAAACUUUAAUCAAGAACAAUCCUAGAUCAGGGAACUUUGGCGCGUUGGUGAGAGUGUUCCUGGGGAGAACCAAAGAGCUGAAGAUCUCCACUGAAUGUCAGGAUCAGCUGUUCAUCUGGCAGGCCCAUAAUGCUCUGUUCCUGCUGCGCUGCCUGCUCAAAGUCUUCAUCAGGGAGAUGAGCGAAGAAGAGCUGCACUUACAGUUCACCUACCACACGAGGGCGCCAGGAUCCUGCGACACAAGCAGCGAGGAGCUAAUGGAGGAACUGAUCUGUAACUUGGUGCAUCUCGUCGUGGAGGUGCCUCUCCUGGACAUCACUUACAACAUCCUGUUCGAGGCAGUGACCACCCUGCUGGUUCUGUUGUCCUAUCAGCUGUUCCACAAGGACAUCCUGAGGGAGGGGCGUGUUUAUCGGAGCCUCACCAGGGGGCGAUGCCUUUCUCUGACGAGUCGCUUGGUGAAGACUCUGCUGUAUAACUUUGUGCGACAAGAGAAAUGUCCUCCACCUGCAGCGCACAUCUUCCAGCCACAGGCAGACGGAGGAGGUCUGCUGUACGGCCUGGCCUCAGGGGUAGCCAGUGGAUUAUGGAGCGUGUUUACUUUGGGCGGAGCCAGCAGCAAACUCGGGGCGGAGCAGGAACACAAUCCGUUACCACUGUCCAAUCAGAGCCUGUUAUUACUGCUGGUCCUGGCCAAUCUGACAGACGGCCCCGACUGGCCGAACCCUUACAGACAAGCCAUCACCUGCUUCAAAAAUACACAAGAUACGUCCUCGAUUCCAUCUCCUCAGCCCCACAUGUUUCAGAUCAACUUCAACAGCCUCUACACGGCGCUGUGUGAGCAGCAGAAGUCAGACCAGGUGACGCUCCUCCUCUACACUCUGCUGCACCAGAACUCCAACAUGAAGACCUACAUGCUCUCCAGAACCGACAUGGAGAACCUGGUGAUACCAAUUCUGGAGAUUCUUUAUCAUGUGGAGGAGAGAAACUCCCACCAUGUUUACAUGGCCCUCAUCAUCCUCCUCAUCCUCACCGAGGACGACACAUUCAACCGCUCUAUACACGAAGUGAUGCUGAAGAACAUAAGCUGGUACACAGAGCGAGCUUUAACAGAGAUUUCUCUCGGCAGCCUGUUAAUCCUCGUGGUGAUUCGCACCAUCCAGUUCAACAUGACCCGCACCAGGGAUAAGUAUCUACACACAAACUGCCUAGCAGCUCUGGCCAACAUGUCCGCCCAAUUCCGCUGCCUCCACCAGUAUGCUGCUCAGCGCAUCAUCAGUCUGUUUGCACUGCUGUCUAAGAAGCACAAUAAGGUGUUGGAGCGAGCCACACAGUCUCUACAGAGGACACUGGGAGCAGAUGGCACGGCGCUGCCAGACUACGCACAGGACCUCAGUGUGAUCGAGGAGGUGAUCCGCAUGCUGCUGGAGAUCAUAAACUCCUGUCUGUGUAACUCGCUGCAUCACAACCCCAACCUUGUGUAUGGUCUUCUCUACAAGAGGGAACUUUUCGAACAGUUUCGCUCACAUCCUUCCUUCCAGGACAUCAUGCAGAACCUAGACACGGUUAUCGGAUUCUUCAGUCAGAGGUUGGAGCAGGCAGGAAGUGACCUGUCUGUAGAAAGAGUCCAAGAGGUCAUCAAGAAAGGAGUCGUGGCCCUGCCUCAAGACCGCCUGAAGAAGUUUCCGGAGCUGAAAUUCAAGUACGUGGAGGAAGACCAGCCCGAGGAUUUCUUCAUCCCUUACGUGUGGUCCUUGGUCUUUAACUCUGCAGUAGGUCUGUACUGGAACUCUCAGGGCAUUGAGCUUUUCAGCAUGGACUCAGCCUGAGAGAAAGUUUGGUGAGUGUGUGUGUGUGUGUGUGUGUGUGUGUUCCGCUUGACUGUCGGCUUGGAAAAAAGGCUUCGGAAAGUUUCUCGCAGCUUAAAGGUCUAAGGUGAGAAUCGGACAUGCACUCGUGACUUACCGGAUCACUUCCUCGUUAUCGGACUCCCGGGCUUCCGUUAUCUCCAGCGUCUUCUCUCAUCAGCAACGAGACGCCGAGGACACGCCAAUCAAAACACUGCACACUUACUGAACAAAGAGUCACAUGGGCGGGGCUGAGGCGGGGCAGGGCGG